AGUACAGACAUUUGUGCUACCGAAUUAACAACAAAAUUGUUAAAGAAACCAUUAAAAUAUAUUAUUUUUAGAGAUUAUUUUAUACAUAAAUUUGGUAUAAUAUAGGAGUGAAUAACUAUGUGAGGAAUAACAGUAAUUUUCUAAGUUCAUGUCAUCAUAAAAAUGGGAGCGCAAAAUAUGGACGUCGCAUACAUAUGUCAUUACGCUGAUUAAAUUUCCGAGGGGGCUGUGGGGCGCGCGCGAGGGCGGGAUGCACCCCGCGGCCAGGUGACGCUGCCGCCUACACCCGCGGAACAUGUCAUGGGACUCCCUCGAGUCGCGCGACUUCCUCAGCGGGGUGCCGGCACACCAGCUCUCGGCUACGCGGCUGCUCAGCUCCCCUGACCCGUCGCGACACCACCUGGAAGAUGGGCCAGAAGUAUAUUCGUUCUCGGAAGAGUUCGCGGCGGGUCGCAACGGGGCGGCGCGGUGGUCGACGCGCUUCGGCCCCGCGCACCGCCCCGCCGCCGGCCUGCUCGACUGCUUCCGCGGCUGUCGGGCGCGCCUCGACGACUACCUCGCGAAACGAAAGAUCGAGCGCGGGGUGAGACUCUACGGGCACAACGAGCAGCACGCGGCGGUGAAGGUGUGGCUAUCGGCGUUACGGGGCGUGCGCCUGCGCAGCGACAAGUUCGCGCUGCUAGGCCACCUGUACCAGGCGUACAUGGACUUCGGCAAGUACCGGGAGUCGCUGCAGUUCGCCGGCCAGCAACUCAGCAUAUCGGAGGAGCUGGACUCCGCGCCGAUGCGCGCUGAGGCCUACCUCAACUUGGCGAGGGCACACCAAACGCUGGGUGGACUUGAUCGAGCGCUAUUCUACGCCCGUCACGCUCUGUACAACGACUGCGGCGGCGGCACGACGGCGGGCAGCGUCCACCUCACCGUAGCAACUGUCAACCUCGAGCUCGGCGCCUUCUCCAAGGCCAUGGACGGCUUCCAGAAGGCUCUGAACGUGGCGCAAGCGGCUAAAGACAACACGCUGCUGCUACAGGUGUACGUGGGUCUAUCGGAGCUAUGGCGUCGUCUGCGCGAUACGGAGCGGGCUGUAGCGUGCGCGGCGCGAGCGUGCGACCUGGGCCGCGGGCCGCGCGCAGCCGACCUCAACACGCGACAUCAUCGCGCGGCGCUGCUGCAGAUGGCGGCGGCGCUGCGGGCGCGCGGAGAGCUCGGUGAUGCGCAUGACUACUGCCAUGAGGCGCUACGCCUGUCAACGGUAGCGGGUGACCAGGGUUGCUACGCGCGCGCCACGCGCAUCAACGGCGACGUCUACAGAAGGAAGUGCGAAUACGCUAAAGCUUUGAGGUACUACGAGGCGGCGAUGGGCGCGGGUCAGGCGCUGGAGGACCGGUUGGCACAGAUGGAGGCGAUGGACGGCGCCGCGCGGUGCCUGGAGGCGCUACGAGUGCAGGGCCGCAUCUGCAACUGCCGCCCGCUAGAGUUCAACCGCCGCCUGCUAGAGGUCGCCACGUCGGUUGGAUCGCAGAUGCUGGUGCGUCGCGUGCGCCUGCGGCUGGCGGACAUCUACACGGCGCUGGGCGACAACACGGAGGCGGCGCGGCAGCGGCGGCAGCUCGGCGCGUGGGCGGCGCCGGCGUGCGCGCGAUGCCGCGAGCCGCUCGCCGAGCGCGCCGAGCCGCUCGCGAGCCUGCCCUGCGCGCACAUCGUUCACCACGCCUGCAUGCCGGAGUCGUGGUCGCGGCGGUCGACGCGCAGCUCGGGCGGGGUGGAGUGUGCGGAGUGCGCCUCCCCCCGCGCGCCGCCCCGCCUACCGCCCCCCGCACCGCCCGCGCCCCGCAACCUGCCCGCUCAGGACUUUCCGUUCGGCACCCCUCCAAUGCUGCGCGAGCCCGACAUCAACUCCGUGCUGUCCGAUCAGAGCAGCCAACAGGCAACGUCCAGCGUUUAAUAUUACUUCUAACCUUUCUUUUUAAUCACUUACCUCCUUAUUAAUAAAAUUAAUUACUCGUACUACGCUUACGCUAACGUGGUCGUCAUUUUCUGAUGCCUACUCUCGGAGGUUUCUUGACAGGAGUUCAUAUUUUCGACAGUAUAUUUAUAAAAUAUUUUCAUCGGCUAAUCGAAAGCGCUAUGAUCAACGAAUAACAAGGCACGGUAUGUCAUACAAAGUAAUUUGUAUAAAGUUUCGCGCUGUGAUACGCCACUUGUACCUUAGUUAACAAAAGAGUUCGAACCUUUUUGUAUGGAGCGUGGC